CCCUCCCUCCUCCCCCGCCUCAGGAGGAACGUCCAGCGGCUGCAGCAGCUUCUCUUUCCCCGGAGGACAAUGGCAGCUGCCCCGGGCCUCGUCCUGGGCCUCCUCCUCUUCCUUUGGGAGGCAGGUGCUCAGCUUCGCUUUGCCAACUAUUAUGGUGACCACAUGGUGCUGCAGAAGGAACCAAGCCGUGCUGUCGUAUGGGGCUAUGGGAUUCCUGGUGCCAACAUAUCAGUUACUGUUUUCCAGACGCACAAUGUUAUGAUCAAAGAAGCUGCAAAAGUACAUGCUGUCACUAAAGUCUGGAAAGUUCUCCUGAGUCCUAUGCCCCAAGGCGGCCCUUACAGUCUAGAACUGAGGCAGUCCUACAAGCAAGAAGUGUCAAAUGUAACGUUGAACGAUGUCUACUUUGGUGACGUCUGGCUCUGCAGUGGACAAAGUAAUAUGGAGAUGACAGUUUCACAGAUAUUCAAUGCUAGUCAGGAGCUGGCAGAGGCCAUCCAAUAUCCUCUUGUGCGUGUGUUUGCAGCUGCUCUUGUUGAAUCUGAUGAAGAACUGGAGGAACUGGAGGCUAUCAAUUUGCAGUGGUCUGUUCCAACAGCCGAAAACCUUGGACAUGGAGACUUCAGCUAUUUCUCUGCUGUCUGCUGGCUUUUUGGGCGGCACUUGUUCGACACACUCCAGUAUCCCAUAGGACUGAUAGACUCCACCUGGGGAGGGACACCAAUUGAGGCCUGGUCUUCCAAGAGAGCAUUGCAAGAAUGUGGAAUCUCAACAGACCUCAAAAGAAAUAUUUCCUUGUAUCGUAUUGCUGGUCCUAAAGAUUCGUCUGUACUCUGGAAUUCAAUGAUUCAUCCUUUUAUCAACAUGACCCUCCACGGGGUUAUUUGGUAUCAAGGUGAAGAGAACACAGUCAUGAACACAGAUCUGUACAACUGCACGUUCCCUUCGCUCAUUGAAGACUGGAGGAAAGGCUUUCACAAAGGCUCCAAAGGGCAAACCCAGCGGUAUUUCCCCUUUGGCUUUGUCCAGUUAUGUACAAAUCGUAACGUGGUACAAAAUGACAGCUUUCCACGUAUCCGAUGGCAUCAAACAGCAGACUAUGGCUAUGUCCCUAAUACGAAAAUGCCCAAUACUUUUAUGGCUGUGACCAUAGACCUUGGUGAUGAAAAUUCUCCCUAUGGCAGCAUCCACCCCAGAGAUAAGCAGACUGUGGCUUACAGAUUACACCUUGGUGCACUGGCAGUUGCUUAUGGUAAGAAAUUCCUGGUCUACCAAGGGCCCUACCCUCAGAUGGUGCAGGUGGAUGCAGACCAUGAACUUAUCAAUGUCACCUACAAUGAACCCAUUGUGCUUCGCCAAUUGGACAACAAAAUAUUUGAGGCAUGUUGCUCAGAACAAGAAGCAUGUAAAUGGAGCCCAGUGCAGCUCAAGUCAUCCUUGUACCAAUCAGUGUUUCUUCACAAUAAGGUUUGCCCGAAAGCUGUGACUGGCCUGCGCUAUGCGUGGACAGAGUGGCCUUGCAAAUACAUGCUGUGUCCCAUUUACAACCUACAAAGCUUGCCUGCCCCUCCAUUCGUUACAUUUGCCAAAAAUAACCCUGCCUGGACUGUAUCAUAAGUAGAGUGAUCCUAGAGAGACUAGCAGCUUUGGUUGUACAGAGUGAUGCUAUACAGAGCCCCAGUUUAUUUUUUUAACUGAAUAUAGUAAAAUUCUCAGGUUGAUAACUGUGGAACAAAAAUCUUCAAAUUGGGAGUGUGGUUGCUUGCACAUCAAAAAAGAUGAGGAUGGAUCAGUUGAUUUUGGCAGACACUUCUUGCACUUUGCAUCUGCCCUGAACUUUUGUAAUAUUAGCAGACAUUUCUGUAGCAGCUACACUGGGAUUCAGUCAAGCUGUAUACCAAACUAUCACAACCUACUAACAUAGGAGGCACAUUUGCAACCCAGCCCUAUACGUGUUUACUCAGAGAUAAAUCUCACAGAUUUCAAUGGGACCCGAUGCCAAGUAAAUGUGUUUAAGAUUACUGCGUUAAUCUUAUUGGUUUGUAUAUUAUUAAUUGACUAAGCAGGGAUUGGAAAAGUUCCUUUUUAGACAACAACUCCCAUAGCCAGUGUGGGUCACAUUGACUGGGGGAUCUGAGAGUUGUAAUCCAAAAAAGGAGCUUUUCCAACCUCUGCACUUUAGUAGAAAGUAGUGAUAGGAUCAUCAUCUCAGGAUGUUGCAGUGAUCCAGUGUCUGUCUACUUCCUCUGCUGGAGAACAGGUCAUUUUCUUAAAGUAAGGCAAACAGGCUACCAAUUCUGCUGUGGUUAGACCUCACCUGGAAUACUGUGUCCAGUUCUGGGCACCACAAUUCAAAAACGUUGUUGAGAACCUGGAGUGUGUUCAGAGGAGGGCAACCGAGAUGAUGAAAAGUCUAGAAACCAUGCCCUGUGAGGAAUAGCUGAGCAUAUUUAGCUCUCAGAAGACCAAGAGGUGACAUGAUAGCCAUAUUUGACUUUAUGAAUGGAUGCCCUGUAGAAAAUGGAGCAGGCUUGUUUUCUUCUGCUUUAGAAACUAGAGCCAGCAGAUUUACUCUGCAACAAAUGAGAUUCCACCAAACAUGAGGCUUAAUGUUAAUUCUUGAUGGUAAGAGCUGUUUGACAGUGGAACACACUGUCUCAGAUGGUGUGGAUUCUUACUGGAGGUCUUUGAACAGGCUGGAUAGUCAUCCUUUGGAAGUCCUUUAUUCCUUCAUGGUGGGAGCUGGACUAUGUGGCCCUUCCAACUCUAGGAUUCUAAGUUGUUUCUGUACAGCUUUUAAAGGAAUAGCCUAAUUUGAACCAGAUCUUUGGGUUAAAAUAUGCUAAAUGCAAUGUAUAUACCUUGGUCCUGCUUCCUCUAGAGAGGAGAGUUGACCCUUGGGUUUCACCUUUGUUUUGAUGGUGCAUACUGUAUGGACUGGUGUGCGCCAAAAUGGUGCCCCGGGGGCAGGGUUAGGGCGUCCAGCAUGCAGACGCUGCACCCUAACUCAGCCCACAGGCCAGCACUAAGUACCGGUCUAUAUAGGCCCUGACUUAGAAAUCACUUGAACACUGACUUUACAUUACAUUACACACAUAACCUUGCUGUCCUCUCGUACAAGUCUUACACUUCUUUACAUUUUAAUUUUAUCUGAAAACCAGAUUUAAUUUGUUUAAUUCCAGUAAAAAAAAGUAAUGUUUUCUAUUUAGCUUUACUUCUUUUACCUUCUAAAUUCCUUUUUAUUUUAAUAUCCAUAUUACACAAAUUAUAUUUAUAUCUUCAGAUGUCUCAACGAUAGCAUUUCUAAUAGGUGUGUGAAGGUCAUUUCUGACUUGUGAUGAACCUUUGUUGUGUGCCUUCAAGUCAUUUCCGACUUCUAGCAAUCCCAAGGCAAGCCUACAAUGGGAAUUUCUUGGCAAGACUUGUUCUGAAGAGGUUUCCCAUUUCCUUUACUUGAAACUGAAAGCAUGUGACACGCCUAAAGUCACCCAUUAGCAGUGGCAUGACUAGGGUUGGUGUCACCCAGUGCGGUAAUUCAUGGUGUCAUCCCCCAUUGACCUCCUAUACCAAACAAUUCUUAUUAAUGUUGUUUUGUACUAAUGUUACUCACAAAUCAUAAUUCUCAUA